AUGUUCGCUCGCUCUGCUCUCCUUGGUCUCGUCCUUCUCGCCGUCAACGUCGCGGCCGUCCCCGCCUACUACGGCGACAACGAGGUCUCGUACACGACCGCCGCCUACGAGCCGGCCUACACCACCAGCGCCUACAAGCCGGCCUACACCACCUCGUCGGCGUACGAGCCCAAGUACACGACCAGCUCGGCGUACAUGCCCGAGUACACCCCCUCGAGCGAGUACAAGCCUGCCUACACUUCUUCCAAGGAGUACAAGCCGGAGUACACCACCUCCGAGUACCAGCCCGCGUACACCUCCAAGGCGGCUUACGGCUACAACAAACGCGACUACGGCUACAAGACCACGUCGGCUUACGAGCCCGAAGAGACCUACGGCUACGAGCCGGAGUCUUCGGCGUACGAGCCCGCGUACGAGCCGGCCUACACCACCAGCGCCUACGAGCCUGCCUACACCCCUGAGACGCCGGCGUACGGCGUCAAGGUCGCUUACGACGAGCCCAAGGCGUACGCUACGACCACGGCCUACGACUCCUACGAGACUCCGGCGUACGAGCCCGAGUACGAGCCCGAGUACGCGCCUGAGGAGCCCAGCUACGAGCCUAGCUACGAGGAGCCCAGCUACGACUCGUACGAGGAACCCAGCUACGACAACAGCUACGAGGAGCCCAGCUACGACAACAGCUACGAAGAGCCUAGCUACGACAACAGCUACGAGGAGCCUAGCUACGACAGCUACGCGCCCGAGGAGCCCAGCUACAACGAGUACGAGGCCGAGCCCAGCUACGACGAGUACGCGCCCAAGGACUCCUACAAGACCGAGGAGGCCUACGAGCCCGCUGGCACCUGCAGCUCGGGUACGCUCCAGUGCUGCAACCAGGUUCAGUCUGCUAAGGACGUCGACUGGUCUUCGCUCUACGGUGGUUCGGAGGUAGAGGUCCUCUCAAACCUCCUCCGUGGCUCGAACGCACCGGUCGGUCUGACCUGCUCGCCGCUCGUCGCCGACACCACCGGCGCUGCUCAGUGCAACCAGCAGUCUGUGUGUUGCGACAGCACCCACGCUUCCGGUGCCGUCUCCAUUGGCUGCACUCCCUUCAACGGUGGCAGCCAGAGCGCUGGUAUCUUCUAA